UUUAAAUCACAACAAGCCUUCCCUCCUAUAAAUUUAGAGCUUACCAUGUUCGUUUGCAGCAGUCAAACUCGUUGUUGUCCGAAAGAAAGAAAGCUAAGAGGAAGAAAGGCGGCGAUUGCACUCAAGGGGGUCAAGCGCCGCCUAUUAAUCUCCCAAAGGCUUUCUAAACCGCCACCAAUGAACACUCGGCAGAGAAGAAAGACGGUCAAAAUAAACGCAACCGUAGCUCAGUUGAAGAGGGAGAUGAAAGAAAUUAGGGAAGAACAGAAUAGCAUCAGAGAAGGGCAAAGGCAAGUUAAAAAGAAAUUUGAUGACGUUUUAUCUGAAUGCGAAAAACUACGCGACGAGACUGAGCUCAUUACGCAGCAGAGUAUUUGUACCAGGCUCCGCCUCACCCUCAUGUUUCAAAUCCUUAAGGCACGACAGAACAAUGACUUCACCAAGGCCGCCCAAUUGACUACUUCUCUCCGGUUGGUCUCUCAGCCCCUCACCAUAAUAAACGUGAACUGAUAGCUCAGCAGAAGAACCAAAGUUUGCAGCAAAGUGAUGGGGCAAAGGGCAAGUGACAAAUUGAUGGCAACGUUGUCGAAUAUCAGUAGUUCUAAGUUGUGUGUGCCUCUUUUAUGAGUUUUAUCUUAUUUGGCUUUGCAAGGUUUUGCUUCCUCUGUAAGGUGGAUUGACCAAAUCCUAGAAACCGAUGUAAAAAAAAUCAGUUUUAAUAUAUCUCUUAUUCAGUAGAGUUAUAGAGAUUUUUACUUAUUUUCGACAUGCUCAAGCGAUGGGAACGUUUGCUCUUGGGCAAACGAUAACUGAUUCGUUGCCAUUUUUAUCGUGCAUCACUAUUGGAGGAAAGCACAAGCGGUUGCACAAACAGAUCCAAAUGCUCCUGUAAAGCGAGAAAAGACAGAUUCUAGUGCUUCUGAAAUUAUAAGGGAAGUACAUGUGUCACGCACCGUGACAUCAGCAUUCAGCCCAGAGGAGGGAUGCCUUGGGAGCACCAAGGACGGGAGAUCAAGGCAACCAGCUGAGCAGGUAUAGGCUAAAAGGGGGCUAUCGAGCUGAUCAGGAGGGCUGGAGAUUGUGCACACUAGGCGCUCAGCGCGCCUGCGCACCAGCUAAGCGCCACAGCAAACAAGCAGCGUGCCAAGCGCUGCUCCAAUGGUUAGCUCACUAUUCCAACGGGUAGAGACAGUCUUCUACGGGCUAGAAGUCUGAAAAUGUUGCAGAGGCUCUUCCUAGCUGUUAGGAGUGGGGGAGGGCUUUGUAAGAGGUUCCCUUGGCGUAUAAAAGGGCACCCUUACCAACUAUUAUGGGUUGAGGUUAUUUUAGGGACUUUUCUUGUAUAAAUAUUGUAUAUUUGUGAAUACAAUAUCUUUUUCCUCA